AUGGCUCAGUACCAAGUCGGUCAGAAGGUCAAGUACACCGCCAUUGGUGGUGGCAAUGUCGAAAACUCCACAACCACCGGGGAGAUAGUCGAAGUCAUCACCAGCCCCGAACCCGCUGGAACCAGUGGGAACACUGUUCAGGCUUCAGAAGAAGAACCCCGCUACUUGAUCAGGAAUGACAAUACUGGCAAAGAGACUGCCUACAAAGCGGACAACAUCGUGGAAGUUAUUAACUAA